UGUAAUGUUUUCAGACCAAAAUCAUUUUUUCAUACCAAGAAAACAUCACAAAAUAAAGCAACAUUCGGCGAAAAUUACUCUUGAUUUGAAUGCACUUUGAAGUUUGAAAUACCCUCCAAUUUUUAUUUAUUUCAUUCUUUCAAUCUAUAAUCACCAUUUCAGUUUUUAAAAAAAUCAUCUUUCUCCCUUUGUUUUUCAUUUUUUUUCAAUUCCUUCCACUGAAAGAAGAAAGCAACGGCAAUGGCGCCAAGAGGAAAACAACCCAAAAAGAUGGUCGGUAACACGAGAAUGGAUGCUGCUUUGGAUGCAAUGCGACAGUUUGGAUUUAAGAAAAAACUUGUUCGAAGAACGGUUGAGGAGCUUCUUGAUGUUUAUGAAGGAACUCAAGGAUGGCCCUUUAUUGAAGAGGGUUCUUAUAGGCUUCUAAUUGAAACUUUACUUUGCAAUCAACAAACUUGUGUUGAAGACAAGGAUGAUACAAGAAGGGAUGGUGUUGGUGAGACAUCAUCAACUGCUACUCUCACAACAGGAAUGACUGAAGUUGGCUCCUCCUGUCUUGUGGCUUACGACUCCUUAUCGUGUGCUAGUGAUGAUUUGGACUCUAGAUCUCAAACCAAUGAUCAUCAUCAAGAUUCUGCUCCAACUAUCAAUCGAGAAAUAGGAGCUGAUAACAAGGAUACCAAUGUGCCAACCCAGAGAUUCAAAGAUCAAAAAGGCAUUAGUGUAAAGUCUAAAGAUGAUCAAAAGCCAAUGAAUAAUGCCAAAGAAAACAAUCAUAAAACAUCUAUGAGCAAUGUUGAAACCACUAUUGUGAAGAAUUCUAUGAUUGAAUCCUCAAAAACAAGUGAGAAGCUUCCAUGCAAUAGACGUCGUCGACCUUGCCAUGGAUGGAUUAGUAGUGAUGAUACUGUUGACCUUUUGUACUUUCCUCCUUCACCAUUACCAAAACAUAUAGAGAAAAUGAUUGGGAAGAUGGAAGAUUCUCAUAGACAAAGGCGCAAGAGUAGAUGGGAUGAAAAACCAGAAGAUGAUAAUAUGUAAAUGUUAAAUUUGUUGAUUAAUGAUUCUCUUAGGCCUUGUUUGGUUUUUUUUUUGUAUGUAAGGUAUGGUAUAUUGGUGAUAGGAAGCAAUUUUUUUGUUCAUGAGACUUUAAAGAUGAAUAUUAAAUAGACUAAAAAUGCAUGUUUUUUAUUAUGCUA